AUAAAAAUAUAACGUCUAUUUAGAUACUUAAAGGUACUGCUGACAACUUGAAAAUAAACAAAACUAUUAGGCCAAAGUGUUAAUCAUUUCUACAAAACGUUAUACGAUGUGUUGGCAAGUGCAGAAAAACAUAUACGCGUAGGUGUGGGGGCGCCGUGCAUGGGGCGAGGAGGGCGACUGCGCUGGCUGGCGGCGCUGGCGGUGGGCGCGCUCGUGCUGUGGGCAUGGCGCAGCGGGGCGAGGGCGCCGGCGGGCGCGGGCGGCGCUCGAGACGCCGGCCUGCCCGUGGAGGGCCGGGAGCUCCCGCUGAUAUUCAUAGGGGGCGUGCCGAGAUCGGGCACCACCCUGAUGCGGGCCAUGCUGGACGCGCACCCCGACGUGCGCUGUGGGCAGGAGACGCGCGUGGUGCCGCGCAUCCUCCAGAUGCGGCAGCACUGGAUGCGCUCGCAGAAGGAGAGCGUGCGGCUCGAGCAGGCGGGGGUGUCGAAGGCGGUGCUGGACAACGCCAUCGCCGCCUUCUGCCUGGAGGUCAUCGUGCGCCACGGGGAGCCGGCGCCGCGCUACUGCAAUAAGGAUCCGCUGGUGCUCAAGAUGGGCACGUAUGUGCUCGAGCUGUUCCCGAACGCCAAGUUCGUGUUCAUGGUCCGCGACGGCCGGGCCACCGUCCACUCCAUCAUCACGCGAAAGGUGACGAUCACGGGGUUCGACCUGAGCAGCUACCGGCAGUGCCUGAGCAAGUGGAACCACGCGGUGGAGCUGAUGUACGCGCAGUGCCGGGCGCUUGGGCCGACGCGCUGCCUGCUGGUGCGGUACGAGGCGCUGGUGCUGGCGCCGGAGCGCACCAUGCGCCGCGUGCUGGACUUCCUGCAGCUGCCUUGGAGCGACGCCGUGCUGCACCACGAGCGCUACAUCAACCAGCCGAACGGCGUCGCGCUCUCCAACGUGGAGCGUUCGUCGGACCAGGUGGUGCGAGCGGUGAACCUGGACGCGCUGCACAAGUGGGUGGGGCAGAUCCCGGCGGACGUGCGCGACGACAUGGCCGACGUGGCGCCCAUGCUGUCCGUGCUGGGCUACGACCCCUGGGCCAACCCGCCGCGCUACUCCGCCGACGAGCCCGCGCCCGCCGCCGCCGCCGCCCCCGCCGCCCCCGCCGGCCAAGCGCGCCUGCUCGACGAAUCUCCCCCGCCCUAGGGGCUAUAUUAUAGAUAGACUAUACGACA